AUGGAACUCUUUUUGGAAAGGAGAUUCCAAUUAUGUGUAACAGGACGGAGAGACAUUGCCCUCGUUAUAGACGAGUCGGCCAGCGUCAUGAGCCACAACUAUGCAAAACAACUGGUAUUUCUUCAGAACGUGGCAUCUAAAUUUUCCAUUGGAAAACAGGGUACACAGUUUGGGGCAGUUGCUUUUAAUACGAACGCUAGACUCGCAUUUACAUUAGACCAGUACCUGACAAAGCACUCUCUGUUGGCGGCCAUAGGCUCAGUGUCAUACAUCCCGGGAGGAACGUCCAUAGGUGCAGGAAUAGAAUUCGCCCGACAACACCUGUUUACCGCAGCUAAUGGUGACCGUUCUGAUGUGGAUGAUUACAUGAUUGUAAUAACAGAUGGUUUCUCCGCAGAUACCGUGACGUCAGGUAUCGCUGCGCGAAACGCGGGAAUCACGCUGUUUGCAGUCGCCGUGGACGGAUAUGACAUCAAUGACCUUAUCGCCGCAACGGGUGACGUCAGCAAAGUAUUCACAGCACCCAAUUACGAUUCUCUGAAUACAAUUGUUGACCUGCUGGCAAAUGCUUUUCCGUGUGACUACUCAUCACCGACAUUUGAUCUAGAAUAG